AUGAACAAUCUUCGACGGUACGUUUACACUCCAUUGGGUACCGGCUGCAUUCGACUACUACAAGUGAGCGCCGAGUCAAAUACUCUGUCUGGCGCUCUCCGGACGGUCAAAAUCGAUGAUGCGCCGCCAUACUUUACUCUCAGCUACUCUUGGGACUCUCAAGCACCUGGCCAGCUAAUACGAGUAGACGGUCAGGUGCUGUCCGUGAGUCCCAGCCUGGCAGCCUUUGUACAGCGAUUACCGGGCUUGACCAUCGAUGGCAGGCGAGUCGAGUGGGUGUGGAUUGACAAGAUAUGCAUUGAUCAAGACGAUCUCUCGGAGCGUUCUAGGCAGGUACAGCUCAUGAGCCUGAUAUACUCCCGGGCCGUCAGGACCCUAAUCUGGAUCGGGCCCGACCUCGAUGCAUGCUCCGCGGCGUGGCAACUAGUUGAUGAAAUAUACCGUGUCUUCCAGACACAGAAUCCGCGCGCCAAGUUCGUGGCUGACAUCCCCUUUCGGAUGUAUUCGGAUCAGAACCACGCGGCCUCGGGUCUUCCCGAAUGGAAUGACGGGCUGUGGAGGCAUCUGAGGAGGCUAUUCAAACUGCCAUGGUUCACAAGGUCGUGGAUCGUCCAAGAAGUCGCUCUUUCGCGAGGGGACCCAGUCAUUCUCCACGGACAGAGGAGGUACAUGUGGCAUCACCUAGGCUGGGCGUCGUCCUGGCUGCGACGUAAUGGAUAUCUGCGGUUGGAACAGGUUCCAAACCAAAUACAGAAUGUCGAGACGAUAUCCAACAUUCGGCGAUCCAGUGCUCCCUGGUGUCUAGGCGCCUUGUCCGUCGCAACCUCCAUCAAGUGUCAUGCUACCGACCAAAGGGAUAAGAUUUACGCUCUGAUCGGCUUGGCCGCCGAGAACCAAGAUGUUUCCCACGUGCCCGACGCGUUGCGUGCCAACUACAAGAUAGAUGUCACUCAAGUAUAUACAAAGGUCGCUAUAUUCCUUCUCUGGACAUAUAAGACACUCUCCUUCCUGACCCGCGCCAACGGCGUGUCCGAAGACGUGUCUUGGGCCCAGCGCAAACACCGUCUUGCGCUGCUCCCUUCCUGGGUUCCAAAUUGGUGCGACUUUGCUGUUGCAGAAAGGCAUGUGGCCAAAAGCCUUACGUGGCUAUCUCAUCCCAACGACGCGGGCGCGGCAACCUUACGGUUUCCAGACCACUACAACGCCUCUUGUGGGCUGCACGCGAAACUAUACGAGUCCUUGGAUCAGUCGGUACUCCGACUGAGUGGCCUGAAGGCCGACAUAGUCGUCAACACAGCCGUCUUCGAUGACGUACCACAGUCGUCCGAAGGACAUGGCCACGACUCACAAUUCCUUCAGCUUUGGAGAGCUGCGUUACCAUCUCUCCAAGCGACAAAGUCUCUCGCGGACUGGAUAUCCUGUUGGAUUAAUGCUACCACGGCAGAGCAGUAUCGGCUCGCCGGGAGCACGCCGGAGCAAAUCUUAAGAGACGGCUCGGCAUUCCUACUUGAGCUCUUAUCCAGCCAUAAGCAUCCGGAGAGUUCUCAGGAAAUUAUAGUUCAGCUGAGAGAGUUUCCAGUUGGUGGCAAACCGGAAUCUUACACCUCGUUGGCCAGCAAUUUCUGCCUCCACAGAAAGUUCAUCGUCACUGCAAAGGACCGCAUGGGCAUUGGGCCAGAUGCAACGCGGGCUGGGGACCAGGUCUUUGUGAUAUUCGGUGGAGGCGUGCCAUACAUCAUCCGUAAACAGGAGCGCGGUUCCCUUUUCGUGGGGGAGUCGUAUAUCCAUGGACUUAUGGGUGGCGAGGCGGUUCAAGAGCGGCAGCGAGGUGAGCUGGUAGAGGAGAUACUUGAGAUUCGAUAA